GGACUCAGUUGCCAAAGUUCUUUUGCGCGGCGCGUUCGAAGAUCUCUCGGUUCCGUACGGUUAUUUCUGAAAAUGUUCCACAUUCACUAAGUACCAAAUUGAAAACAAAAUCAAAAACCAACGCUGAAAUGUACGCAAAUUUGUUUUGGUCGGGGCUAAUUGCCUGCCUAGUUUUGGCAAGAAGUGGGCUGUGUUUUGAGGCAAAACGCUUCUUUGGAGUGGGUGAGAGGAUCAAUGGAGACCAGCUCCUGGUCAAGGAUGUGCUCCACUCUCGUCCAGCCGGUGUCGAUGAGCUGCCCCGUGUGACGUUCACCUAUGAAAUUCAGGAGCCGAUAACCUGCGUCGAAAUCGUGUCGGAGGAAAACAUUUCGGCGGAGGUGAAAUUCAGCUUGGUGAAUCGCCUGGUUGUGGGCAUGGUCCAAUUGGCGGGCACUAAUCAAAGCGAUGACCCCACCCGAGAAGUAGCCACCGUUCCACCAACCGUCAACUUCGAUGUGAUCAUCAUGGUGUACGGCCUCAAUGAGACCGCACUUAACUUUGAUCAAUCUCUGAUCAUCAAUCGGGAUCAACAAUACGAGGGUGAGAUGCAACCCUAUGAGGAAAUCUUCUCCGAACCGGAUCAAUACGUCGAGGUUUUCGACAACAACAGACGCGAUGCCCUGGAGGUCGACGAGGAGAUUGAGAAUCUUAGCGAAGAGGAUGACGAAGAUGACGAGGAUGACGAAACCUUCACGGAAGUUCCAACCCUACCAGAUAAUUUUGAUAAACCGGACAAGAUUAUUGAAGUUGGAAACAGGCAGGAUGGUGAUCAACUUCUAUAUGAAAGCUAUCAAACUUCGCCCGAUGUAUCGCAAAAACCCACUAACAACUCGGUGGUUUUCUACUAUAUCGACAACAACUCUAUAACAUAUGUUAAGUUUGUUAUUUUGGAUCACCAUGCCGACAGAAACAUCUCGGAUGCGGAUUACAUAGCCCCCGUGGCGGAGUACAGCCACUUUUCGAGGGGCACCCUUAAAGCCGUUGUUACGGACUUUCACUCCUUGAGCAUAUUUGUCCAGAUGUACAUCUACGGUUUCCGAGGUCGCGUGACGCCCGCCAACUAUGUGCCCUUCCUGCCGCCGCCUGAUUGGCAACGGAACCUGGACCUGGAGACCCGCACUCCCGGCCUGGAGAAGAAGACUCCGCACCUAACGCCGCUGCAGACGAUGCAGCUGCUCCUGCUGACCGGACAACGGACCACUCCGCCACCAGGAGCCUUCAACGAUAGCGGCGAGGAGCACGAGGAACAGCGGAGCAUCCGGCCGGAGGAGAUGGUGUUCGAGCAGAUCGAGGAUGAGCAGAACUCGGCCCUGCGUCAGAUGGACCGGGGAUUGGGGGCCUUGCUGGGCCUGCUCCUACUGAUCCUGCACAACUAGAAUAGUUGGCGGAGGGGGCGUCAUUAGUUAAUCCAUGGAAAGCUUUAUGAGUAGUCUUUAGUCCAACAUUCUGUGUAUCGUAUUUUACCAAAUAAACUUUUGGCCUAAGCCAGGGCACACAUACAAA